UGUCUUGAUGUUCACAUGAGGAUUCGUUCAGGAGAGAAACCGUACACAUGUGAUCAGUGCGGGAAGAGUUUCACAAAAAAAGGAAACCUUACAAAACAUAUGAGAGUUCAUACUGGAGAGAAGCCAUUCACUUGUGAUCAGUGUGGGAAGAGUUUCACACAAUCUGCAGACCUUAAGAAACACAUGAACAUCCACACUAGAGAGAAACCAUACAAGUGUUCACACUGUGACAAGAGAUUCAGUUGGUCAGUUCACCUGAAAAGACAUGAGAGGAUCCACACUGGAGAGAAACCGUACACAUGCGAUCAGUGCGGGAAGAGUUUCACACGAAAAGGAAACCUUAAGGGGCAUAUGAGAGUUCAUACCGGAGAGAAACCAUUCACUUGUGAUCAGUGUGGGAAGAGUUUCACACAAUCAUCAAACCUUAAGGAUCACAUGAACAUCCACACUAGAGAGAAGCUGCAUGCAUGCGAUCAGUGCUGCAAAAUAUUUUUGAGGGCUUCAGUUCUGAAGAAACACCUGAAAGUUCAUUCAAAGGAGAAGCCACAUUCAUGUUAUUUGUGUGGAAAGAGAUUUUCACAUUUACAAAGUUUAAAAGAACAUCAGAAAAUACAUAUUGGUGUGAGAGAGUACAUGUGCUUUGAGAGUGAAAAAACUUUUACUUCAGCAAAGUGUUUAAAACUGCAUGAGAGGAUCCACACUGGAGAGAAACCUUACAAAUGUUCACAGUACGACAAGAGAUUCAGUGAUUCAGGACAUCUGAAAACACAUGAGAGGAUCCACACUGGAGAGAAACCGUAUCACUGCACUGCAUGUGGGAAGUGUUUCAGUCGUUCAUCUUCUCUACACAGUCAUACAAAAAACUAUCACAGUAAGUAGAUCAUCUUCAGAUCCAGCACUUUCAGGUCUGAUGCUGCGACCUCAACAAAUGCCAGACAAUAAUGCAUCAUGCAAUAAAAUAUCAUCUGGAUAAAUCUGUCCAAACCAGACAUUACAAGAAACAAUAGAAACAUCAUCUAAAGUUUUCACAGUGAAUAAAGUUAAUCUUCAUCUUCAAAACCAGCAAAACUGUGAGAUUCAG